UUUGCUUUCAAGAGAUGAUGUACAAGAGUUUGGAAGAGAAGUAUGCGCAACUGGAAAAGCAGAUACAAGGGGUAAUGAGGGAAGCUCAGGCUGAAAUCACGACGUUGAGAACAAAAGUCCAAGCAUUAACAAAGGAUAUGGAACUUGAAAAGAGAAAAACUCAUGAUUUAGCGGAACAAUUACAGGAGAAAGGAAGGCAGUUUUCAAAACUGCAGGCCAUGUAUGAUAAACUAAAGCGUCGAUCACUA